AUGGGGCCCCCUGGCAAUAGGGGAUCAUGAGGCCCCUGUGUCCUUGCCCACACUCAAAGCACACCCAAAAAAGCCUAUGAAAGGUACCAGGGGCAUUUCAUGGGGCCCCCUACUGACCCCGGGCCCUCGGGCAUAACAGGUGGGCCCACUGGGCGUACUGUAUAAACUGAAUGUAGCCCAACCAGGGGUGGACUGACAACUCAUGGGGCCCCUGGGCAAUAGGGGAUCAUGGGGCCCCUGUGUCCUUGCCCAAAGUCAAAAAAAGCCUAUGAAAAAGGUACCAGGGGCAUCUCAUGGGGCCCCCUACUGACCCCGGGCCCUCGGGCAGUGCCCGAGUUUCCAAAUGGUCAGUCCGCCCCUGAGCCCAACUUCAUACAGCAU